GCUGCUAGCUCUUUCGUGUCCAUUGCAAGUGUUUUGGUGCUCUUUGUGUCUACAAAAUAGUCAUUCAAUAGUGUGAUAACAUAGCCUCACGCCGUAUCUGUGCAAAUGUCUGGAAUUUGUAGGCCUCGUCUCGCUGAGGAACGCAAGCAAUGGAGAAAGGACCAUCCGUUCGGUUUCUACGCAAAACCAGCGAAAGCGGCAGAUGGUUCCAUGAAUCUUAUGGAAUGGGAAGUGGGUAUCCCUGGAAAAGCGGGUUCCGCAUGGGAUGGUGGCCUGUACAAGCUUACGAUGAACUUCCCUGAAGAUUACCCUUCAAAGCCACCAAAAUGCAAAUUCACACCGCCUCUGUUUCAUCCCAACGUCUAUCCUUCUGGAACAGUCUGUUUAUCCAUUCUCGAUGAAGAGAAGUCAUGGAAACCAGCCAUCACCAUCAAACAAAUAUUGCUCGGUAUCCAGGACCUACUAGAUGAUCCAAAUGUAAACGACCCGGCGCAGAGUGAUGCAUACACGAUGUUCAAGAAUGAUAAGGUGGCCUAUGAGAGGAAAGUUAGGCAGCAAGCUCGAGAGAAUAUCCCUAAAUAAUCGUGCGCGAUGUACUCAGCUGUAAAGUGAAUGUCUCUUGCUCUGCCUCUCAUUGUAAUAUCCUUCUUUGUUGGUCUUUUCAUAAUUCGGGACGGGGAAAUGAAAGAUGUUGCUCGGAAUGUAUAAUCCAAAAACACCAUUUAUACUACUAUCAUUAAUCUGCAAGUCUGAGAUGGCCCAGAGAGAACAUGAACAAGUACACAGAAUCAUCGGGAAAUUGUAAUUUUAAUACAUGAGUUUUUCGAUGUCUAUUUUGAUGGUGCGGAUCUGGCUUUGCAACUCCCUCGCUUCACUGGUGGUCACGCUUGCCGCAAUAACGGGCCUAGAAACGUUGCAGGAACGACCCAGGGCAGCUUUUGAAGGCACGAAGACGUAGGGCACGUUCUGGGGCAGAUGAAGGAGAAUUUCCAAGGGUUCGGUAUCAGCGGUCAGCACGAUAAA